GGAAGAGAGAGGAGGUCAUCCAUGUACUCCCCGUCCUCGCUGUACGUACUUCUAGUCGUUCUAGGUACUCUACUCUUUGUAGAUAGCCAGUAUGCAAUGAAAACUACGUCCUGCCCAUCUCGUGCGUCCCCUUCGACUUGCCUACAUUGCCGAAAAGCGCGUCGCGAUGCGCAAGGACACGUCGCACAGACUCGCCGCUCGCGCAUAUCGGUGCACGCCUCGCUCGUCGACUCAUGACCAUGGCUGAACCGUCCGCAACUCAGGCCUCACUCGUACACGUUGU